GUUCAAUGAAGUUACUACUCUAACGUUACCUAAGCUGCCUGUCCAGAAGUAUGGAUUCCUGUUUUCUGAUAUUCAUGCUUGUCUUUGCUUUCAGUCUUUCCAAUGGACAGAGGAUGCUCAAGUUUGUCACUGUGCUCUAUCGCCAUGGCGACAGAUCUCCAAUCGAUGCCUAUCCAACUGAUCCCUACAAGGAGAGCGACUGGCCCCAGGGUUUUGGACAGCUCUCUAAAGAGGGAAUGCAGCAGCACUAUGAACUAGGUCAGUUUUUAAAGAAACGCUACAGAGGAUUCCUAAGUGAGGACUAUAACCAUCAUGAGAUAUUCAUCAGAAGUACAGAUCUGGACCGGACUCUGAUGAGUGCCCAAGCGAAUCUGGCUGGCAUGUUCCCACCAAACAGUUCUGAAAAGUUUAAUGCAUCUUUGAAUUGGCAGCCGAUACCAGUUCACACAGUCCCAGAGGCUAAAGACUGUCUGCUCUCAUACCCGCUGAGAGACUGUCCACGUUACACACAGCUCAUGAACGAGACUAAAAAAUCAGAGCCUUUUAUUAACAUGACUGUCACUUACAAGGAAUUUCUAGAAAUGGUGAGAAAUAAAACUGGACUGAAGACAGCUACCGUUGAUUCUGUUUGGAUCGUCUAUGACACGUUGUUCUGUGAGAAAAACCAUAAGAAGUUGCCACCACCGGACUGGGUGAAUAAAGAUGUGAUGGAAAAACUGAAGGUGCUGAAGGACUUUUCUUAUCAGAUUAUGUUUGGAGUCUAUAAGAGUAAGGAGAAGUGCAGACUUCAGGGAGGUUUGCUGUUAAAUCAGAUCAUUCAGAGUUUCUUAACCGCAGCAGCUCCAGACACCAAACAACAACUGAAGAUGAUGGUAUACUCGGCUCAUGACACAACUAUUGUAGCUCUACAAGAAGCCCUGGGUGUGUUUAAUGGCCUGCAGCCGCCUUACGCCUCGUGUCAUCUAAUCGAACUUCACCAGGAAGAGAACGGGACGUUUUCAGUGGAGAUGUUUUAUCGCAAUGACAGCACUGUGCUUGAGCCGUACGCUGUGUCUUUACCGGGAUGUUCCCAGCGCUGCCCCCUACAGGACUUUGUGAACCACACACGGGACGUCAUUCCACAAGACAGGAGGAAAGAGUGUGAGAUAAAGGAAGAAGCCUCAGACAGUGAUGUAAAGCGGGAACACAGCCAGAUCCUCGGGCCGGACAGAGCCAAACACCUCAACGACAUGUCUGACUGCCUACGUCACUGCUUCAGAAAAUAUAGAAACAUAUAAACCUUCUCGGUGAUAUACAUAUUUUUUUUAGAAAGUAUUGUUUAUUUUUUUUUAUCUCCCCAGUAAUGUAUUUACAUAAAAAACUAGAAUAGAAUAGAAAAAGAAUAUUGAGAAGAUUUAGUUGAGUUUUGGUUGAAGAUCCUCACACUGUGUGUGUGUGCGUGUGUUUGAGUGAGUAUCAGUUUGACAAGUUUAGUAUUAGUGAAGAAUUUAAACUCAAAGCUGCUGUAAUGAAAUAUUAAGAAACAAUAUUAAGACACAUGUUUGUUCUUUUCAACUCACAACUUUUUUGAAUGUCAAAGCUACAGAAAUGACAAAAUAAAACAUCCACACAUUUA